GAUCAAGAUUGCUCAGCGGUGUCCCCUAGCGGCGAGCGUCCACAACAGGUGAGUUUGUUUACAAAAUUGCGUCGCAGCGACUGAAAGAGGCAGCCACAAUUAUCCAUCACCAUCGGCGACACCAUGGCACCUGAAAAGACGGACCCUGAUGACAGCGUGGUGAGCGAGGAGGGGGGGUCAACCACCGGAGGAGUCGAUGGAGGAGAAGGGGGGGAGCAUGACCCCUACUUUGAACCCGUGGUGACCUUGCCGGAAGUCUUUGUGGUCAGUGAUGAUGACCAGGAGGAGGAAAUGAUAAGACUGCGGUGUAAACUAUUCCGUUACCACACCUCCGAGUCGCCCCCAGAGUGGAAGGAGCGUGGAACAGGGGACAUUAAAAUCCUGAGGAACAAGCAGAAGAAGGCUCAAGUUCGGCUCGUGAUGAGGCAGGACAAGACUCUCAAGAUCCGCGCGAACCACUACAUCACCCCGUACAUGGAACUAAAACCUAAUUGUGGUAGUGAUCGUGCAUUUGUGUGGUCUGUGGUAGCUGACUUUGCUGACGAGGAACCCAAGCAGGAGCUGUUUGCUGCCCGCUUUGCUAAUGCUGAGAAUGCCCGUUUGUUUUGUGAGACGUUUGACAAAGCGAGAGGAAUAGCAACAGUAGCUGAGGUAAGGGCGAGGGAAGAGGAGGAGAGGAGGAAGACUGAGGAGGAAGACGAGGACGAGGAGGAGGAGGAGGAGGAAGAUAAGGAAGAUACUACUACUACUACUACUACUUCUACUACUACUACUACUACUACUACUACUACUACUACUGCUACUGCAAAAGAGAGUGAAGUUGUGGAGGAUUUUAAAGAGAUGUCUGUGAAAGAGUGAGAGAGAGAGAGGGAGUGAGUGAGAGAGAGAGAGAGAGAGAGAGAGAGGGAGGGAGA